GUCAGCGGUCAUUAAUCGAGGGACGCCAUAUUGAAUUCGAAAACUCGUGAAAGCGAAGAGCAGUUUACACAUUUCUUUUCAGUAAAUUGGUGACUACAGAAGAGCAUAAGAGAUAUUUAGUAGCGAAGAAAGCGUGGAAAUAUGACAACCGCGGCUAGACCGACAUGGGACACCGCAAAAGGGGGCCGCGGAAAGGGCGAAGGAGAUCUUUCAGCGUUGUCAAAACAGUACUCGAGUCGCGACUUGCCUUCACACACAAAACUAAAACACAGACAAAAAGGUCAAGAUACUGUUGAAGAACUGCGUAGCAAAGACUUCCGCAAAGAUUUGGAAGAACGUGAACGUCAGGCAGCCCGCGAAAGAACCAAGGAGAAAGGAAGCAGAUCAACUGCUGAACAGACAAAAAGACCCCGGCUAGAUCAACCCCCUCCCUCAAACCUGGAUGCUGAUGAUCCAGUUGAUGAUGAUGAUGACGAUGACUCUGAUGAAAGUGAUGAUGAAGAUGACACUGCAGAACUUCUUGCUGAACUGCAAAGAAUUAAAAAAGAACGUGCACAAGAAGAGGCUAGAAAGGAAAGAGAGAAGAAAGAAGAAGAGGAAAGAAUAAGAAUGGAAAAUAUCAUGACUGGAAAUCCUUUACUGAAUACACAGAACAAUUUUAAAGUAAAAAGAAGAUGGGAUGACGAUGUUGUGUUCAAGAACUGUGCCAAGGGAGAUGAAGGGAAAAAGAAAGGGCAAGACUUCAUAAAUGAUACCUUGCGUUCAGAAUUCCACAAAAAGUUCAUGGAAAAAUAUGUCAAAUAAUGCACAGAACUGAUUGGUACAAGAUCCAAGGGUCCUGAUGCAUAACAGCAUGUCAAUCACUGCUCUGUGGAACAGAUCUUUGCCUUGUGUUAUAAAUACAUUAGUAAGAUUGCCAUAUCCGCCAUACAGUGUACAUACUCUUGUAAGGAAAUGACACCUUCUGUCUAAGGAACCAAUGACAUCAUUGUAGAUGACCAUUAUUCAUUAGCUACAAGUGUUGUUGUCAUUUGGCUGAAAAGAAUGUGUGCAAUUCUUUCACUGCUCAGAUCACAAAUAGCAUUCAUUCAUCAACCUGACUACUGUGAUGUUGCUUAAUGUGAAAUUUUUGGUACCAAAAAGUUGCAUUUUGUCCACUGCUUUAACCUAUUUGAGGCUUGUCAAGCCUGUAACCGCUCUUGUGCUGUAGACACUGCUGUGUGCCUUUUUUAGUCAUAUAAAUUUUGCAUAGCUCUGCUCGCAGCAAAUUUCUGAAUUUGUCUGAAUCUAGCCAUUGAUGUGUGCAUGCAAUUAAUAUCAUACCUUCUAGUGCACAAGUUCAGUCUUAACUAAUAAAAAAAUGGAUGUUAUGAA